GUGUAGUUUCAGCCGUUCGGAACAGAAGUCAGCUUAAUAUGCAGCAAGCGGGAAUUUCAUCAGUUGUACUUCCUAUCUUUUUGGAUGAAAUUUUCCGGAGAUUUUCGAAUUGCACACGAGACCAAGGAGCUAUAGGUAUUGGGUAAACAUCUAGUGCCGGCUGCUUUACAUUUACUAGACAAUCGUAACAUUAUUAUUUACACCGCCAAAGAACCCAAAACAUUAGAAUUAGCAGAGAUUUCUGAAGGUGGUCCCUCUUUUCGUACAGUGCGCUUAUUCCGACAUUUGAAUUAUUGUUCAUGUGAAUAUUUUCAAGAAAAGGUUUUAAACAAGCAGAUUCCUUACACCGGACCCUAUACCUGUCAACACGUUUUGGCGUUACGUUUGGCAUUUGCUUUACAGCAUAAAUGUUUGCAAUUUAAAGAGGUUCCCAACCACAAACUGGAUUUGUUAUUAAACUAUUUUCUACCCGACCACACAGCAGCAGAUUAAUUGGGUUAACACUUAUUCGACAGGAGACAAGCAAAGUUUCAUGCAACAUUCUAAAUACUUGUUUGAGAGGGGUAUUCUGCACAAUUGGAAGAUGUUGACACAGUCUCAAUACUCAAAUUUUAAAUUUGUGGGCUCUUUAAAUCAAAUCAAAACAUUUACAGCUGGUAUUAAAGCUUUAAGCUUUGGCGAAAAUGGUUCUUUUAUGAUAAGCGAGGACGGUUUUAAGUGUGCCGUGGAACAAGGUAAAUGCAUACAGGCUUCUCUGUUCAUAAUGCCGCGUUGUUUUUCGGAAUUCUAUGUGGACGGCAUAGUAAAGUUUAGCAUCAAUAUGAAUAUUUUGGCAGAAUGUUUGAGUAUAUUUGCGGGCAUCGAUUGUAGCAUGAAAAUGUACUACAAAGGUCCGGAGGCCCCUUUGGUUUUGGUCUUAGAGCCAAAUGAUGAAACGGACAUAAGCACUGAAUGUUCCAUUAAAACUACACAUUAUGAGGAACCCAUGGAUUUCAAUUUGAAUGAUGAGAGUACCAGUCUAAAUCGUUUAUUCAUAAGAGGUCCUGAUUUGGCUAGUAUUUUCCAGGAAUUUGAUAAAUCAGCUGAAGAAUUGGAAAUAACAAUUUCACCACGUAGACCACAUUUUAAGAUUGACACUUUGGGUGUUAUGCAGUCGGAAUCAAGUGUAGAAGUGGCGAAAACCAGUGAUAUGAUACUUUUAUUCAAUUGCCGCGAAACAACAAAGGCACGUUAUAAAACUACCCUAAUACGUAUGACCCAAAAGGCGUUGGGUGUAGCAACAAAGGUGGCAUUAAAGACAGAUUUGAGUGGUCUUUUGGAAAUGCAUUUUAUGAUGGUAGAUCCCACAGAGGCUGAAGUAUAUAUAAUAUUUUUCAUAACACCUUUAGCAGAUGUUGAUCUUUAAAGAAAAUUUAAAUUACAAAUGUUAAAAAAUGUAAUUGUUUAAUAAUAAUUUAUUCAAAAUACGUAA